AUGGCGUCUCCUGCUCUUCUGCCACCGAUCAAGUUCUCCUUGCCAGGUGGCGAGCCACAAGACACACAUCUCGAGGUCUUCGGCCAAACUUUCCUCGUCCACUCCGUGGUUCUGAAAAUGAAUUCCGAAUACUUCAGAAAAUUCCUCGACUCACCCGACAAAAGCGAAGACGAUUUUCCUCAAGGCGGCGGAAUCAGAUACAAAUGGGUUACGCAGCUUGAUCAACAAGACACAGGAACCGAUGCAAAAAAGUGUGAUGGGUGGUUGUUGGUGUGGGAAAAAUCUUUAGUCAAAAAUGACAGCAGCUACCAAUAUUCUGGUGACGAGAGGGAACAAAUUCGAGCUUUUGAAACCCUUUUGCAAGCGAUUUAUAGGAGACCUAUCAAAUUGAGCUCCACCACUCAACUGGGUCUAGUCACAGAAUUGACUGAUUUUUACCGAGCGCUUCCAGUCUUGUCCUAUGCAGUUACGCACUCUUUGUUCAGUAGUCGAGAUUUUGCUGCGACCAUACCUUCGAAUUGCUUGAUACUUCUGCCGAUAGCUGUCAAAUUGAGAGUCAGUGUGAUCAGGGGUGGUUUGACUUGCAUAGGUCGGGAACGUUUUGUUGUCACUUUCUUUCCGGUCUUGUUGAAGUCCCAACCAACAAUGACUUUAUGGUUUUGUUUCCUUUUGAGUCAAAUGAGGGAAGGUACAUUGGGUGUAAAAGUUUGUUUUAUCGUUUUGAUUCCUGUUUUCAAGCGGACUUUCAAAAGGGGGUAUUACUCAGCCCACUGCUGGAUUGACUCAGCUCAUAUAAGGGAGCCAAAUGUGGAGCUAUUCCGGGGGCAAAAAUUGUAA